AGAGAGAAAAUUUACAUGAGCCCUUUCGAACCCUCGUUAUAUCAUUCCAGUACAGUACAUGCAUACACUUCGGUAUUGAUGAAUUGUAAAACUGCACGUCGAUCAGUUUAUAAUUCCUCAAAUUGAAUGCUUUGAAACCCUCAGAAGAGCAGCCAGACAUCAGUAGUCCCUUCCUCUAAUCGAUUCGCACAGAAAUGCUUAAAUCCUCAGAUGAGAGUGAGAAAAAGAACAUGGCUAGGAAGGUUAAAGAUUCAGAAAUUGUUGUACCAAUUGUGUACGGUAAUAUCGCAUUUUGGCUUGGGAAGAAGGCAAGCGAUUACCAGUCUCAUAAAUGGACGGUUUAUGUUCGAGGAGCAGGAAAUGAGGACCUGGGUGUGGUGAUAAAGCGUGCUGUUUUCCAAUUGCAUUCCAGUUUUAAUAACCCAACUAGGACUGUUGAAAGCCCUCCUUUCGAGUUAUCUGAGUCUGGAUGGGGUGAAUUUGAAAUUAUCAUCACUCUUCAUUUCCACAGUGACGUUACUGAUAAUCCAUUGCACUUGUAUCAUCAUUUGAAGUUAUACCCAGGGGAUGAGUCUGGCCCUUUGUCCACUAAGAAGCCUGUUGUUGUGGAAUCCUACGAUGAAAUUGUUUUCCUUGAGCCUUCUGAGGGAUUUUUAUCACGAGUGAAAAAUCAUCCUGCAGUUAUUGAGCCUAGACUACCUGCGGGCAUUACUUUGCCUCCUGUGCCAAUGGAUGAUGUUGACAAAAGGAAGAGAGGUGACACCAAUGAUCAUCCGUUGAGCCAGUGGUUUGGCAAUUUUUCUGAGGCAGAUGAACUAUUAAUACUUGCUGGUGCUCGCCAACAGGUGCAAGCUCAAAUUGCAAGACUCAGAAGGCAGUUGAGUUUGGUGGAGGGGCAGCCUCCACAGCUGAAAUCUACCUCUGACCUGUAAAUGCGCACUAUAUCUCAUUAUGAGAAAUAUUCUUAUUCUGAGAUUCUUGUAAUGUUAAUUCACUACACCGAGGAAAACUUUGUACUUGUUCCAUUUUCUUGCCAGAUAAGAAAGCGUAAGACAUAAUUAUUGUGAAAAUGUAAUGCAAUUGAUGAUGUGAUGUGUAUAUAGUAGAUUUUUAUUUGAGAGUUUGCUUAAGGUUCAGACUGCAUUAUGUCGUAUGGUUGAACCAUGUGCUCAAAGACUCUCUAGAGUAUGCAUUUCUUGUUAUGAAGUUAUUUUACAUUCUGGAA